AGACACAAAAGGACGAAGGACUCGGGACUCAGGACUCAGGACUGCGACUUGUGCGUCCGUUAACAGCGGCAUUUGAAUUUAAAUGCGAAACGUUGAUCAAACGGUACAGACGUGUUUCUUCCAACGGUAGCGCUCGGCGUUUUCCCUUAACGAGUUUUUCGUGCCACGUACAAAGUGAUGAAAAGUUCUUCACAAUUUUUAACGCAAAUAUAAAGCAAAGAAAAACACCUGUGAAAAACCAAAGAACAAAAGUGCUGCAAUAAUUAUUUGAACUAGCUAACUUAAACAAAAAAUAAAAGUAAUUCAAAACCAUGUCUUCCUCCGAGGCCGAAGUCGACAUCAGUGUGGUCUCCAGUCCGGAACCGAGUCCUUUGGGCGCCGCCGCCCGCGAUAGUCCGCUGCUGGUCCGCUCGCCGGCCCGUUCCGCCGACGGCAGCUCGCCGCCCGCCACGCCCACCCAUCGCUCCAAUACGCCCAACACGGCCGCCGGCACGCCCACCACGUCCGCCUCCGGCGGCAAUCACUUCCAUCACAGUCCCAACGGAGGAGCCGUUCCGCCGGCGGUGUUGCAUCACCACUUGCAGCACCACUUGAGCACACUGGGCGGCCAUCCGGUGGCACUGCAUCAUGCGCUCCACACCUUUGGCCACUUGCAUCCCGCCCACGGGGCCACACAUCCCGCUUUGCUGCAACACGCCCUCACGCCCACCAGCCAACAGCAACAGCAGCAGCAGCAGCAACAACAGUUGCAGGUGCAGCAGCAACAUCAGUCGCACGGCGAACGCUUGAGUCCGCCGCCAAAGAGUCCGGAGAGGAACGGCGGCGAGGAGUUGCAGGGACACAGUCUGAACAACAACAACAGCAAGGCGCUCAAUCACAACAACACUUGCGCCUCGGCUGCAGCAGCGGCGGCAGCGGCAGCGGUGGCAGCCGCCAAUCUGAGCAACAACAGCAACGACAGCAACGGGAGCAGCGGGGGCGGCGGCAAGAGCACCACCGGCUCCAACGGAUUCACCAGCUUCUCCAUCUCCAGCAUCCUGAGCCGCAGCGAACCGGCCAAGAAGAACGGCGCCGCCGGGCUGAUAACGCCCAUUCCGCAGUUGCCGCAGCCAGGAGCCGGCGGACCACAGGAUGCAGCCAUGCUGUCCAGGCUGGGCUUCAUCUCUCAGUGGGGAGCUUUGGCGGGUCGCUAUGCCGCCCUCUGUCCGCCCGGAUGGCCCUGGGCCCCCCAGCGACUGCCCUUCCACAGUCCCACUCAUGACAGUUCCUCGACGAACACAACAGAGAAUCCACCAUCGCCCACUUCCAUGAGCCCGAACAACAACAAUAGCAGCAGCAACAACAACAACAAUAGCAACACCACUGCCAACUCGAACCAGGCCAGCAAAUCGCCACCGCACCACCCACUCCACCCACUGUACCACCCACUCAGCUCGCAGCAGCAACAGCAGCAGCAGCAGCAACAUCAACAGCAGCAGCAACAGCAACAGCAUCCACAGCAGCAGCAACAGCAUCCACAUCAGCCCACCACGCCCACCAGCAGCAGCAGCAGCGGAGGAGGCGGCGGAGGCACCAGUCUCGCCCACCAUCCGCAUCCGCAUCCGCACUUGGCCGGAUCACAUGGCGGAUACUUGCUGCCCAGCAGCUCCAACGAAUCGGAUGAUGAGGGCGAGGAGAUCAUCGAGGAGGACGAUGGAACGGAUGGUCCAUCGGACAGCUCCUCUCCCCACGGCGAUGGCAACUCGAAGCGGAAGAAGAAAACCAGGACGGUGUUCUCCCGGGCACAGGUUUUCCAGCUGGAGUCCACCUUCGAUCUGAAGCGGUAUCUCAGCUCCUCGGAGCGAGCGGGUUUGGCUGCCUCCCUCCGUUUGACCGAAACGCAGGUGAAGAUCUGGUUCCAGAAUCGCCGGAACAAGUGGAAGCGUCAGCUGGCCGCCGAACUGGAGGCAGCCAACAUGGCCAACAUGGCGCAUGCGGCACAGAGACUGGUGCGUGUACCGGUGCUCUAUCAUGAUGGAACCACGGCGGGAUUUGUGCCACCGCCGCCGCCGCACCACCACCCGAUGCAGUAUUAUGCGGCGGCACGCAACACCAGCCCCCCGCGACCGCCCCUCUCGUCGCUGGUAUAG